AUGGGCUCCUCACAGCUUCGCGGCUACUUCCAUGUGCAAUACCAGCCUGGAGAACGGAGACUCGUCCAAAAGAUCGACUUCUUCAUCCUCACCUUUUGCUGCCUCAGCUACCUGGUCAAUUACCUUGAUCGGACCAAUCUUGCCAAUGCCUACGUAUCGGGCAUGAAGGAGGACCUUGGCUUUGUGGGCGACCAGAUCAAUGAAAUCAACACGUGCUUCACCAUCGGCUACGUCAUUGGCCAAGUGCCGUCCAACCUGUCCCUUCACUAUGUCAAACCUCGCUUCUGGUUUCCCUCCAUGAUGAUUCUCUGGGGGUGUCUUACCAUGGUCACUGCGUCCGUCCAUAACCCGCAGUCUAUCAUGGCCAUCCGCUUUUUCCAAGGCAUCUGUGAGGCCUCGACGUUUAUCGGCACACAUUACAUUCUUGGUGCAUGGUAUACUGAGCGCGAGCUCGGCAAGCGCAGCGGCAUAUUUACAUCAUCCGGUCUGGCUGGUACCCUCAUUGGUGGCUUCAUCCAGUCUGGCAUCUACAAAAGCCUCAAUGGUCGUCUUGGCCUUGCGGGAUGGCGAUGGCUCUUCAUCAUUGACGGCUUGCUCACUGUCCCCGUGGCCGUCUACGGUGUCAUUUUCUUCCCCGACACCCCCAAGACGACUGCCGCCUUUUACCUCACUGGGGACGAGAAAAAAAUCGCCGUCUCUCGAGUUCCCGAUGUUGCUGAGCAGUCCCCCAUCACCCUCAAGUUCCUCAAGAAGGUCUUGUCGUCCUGGUACUGGUGGGGCUUUGUUGGCCUGUGGUGCCUUGCUGGUGAGCUGGAAAGUUUCAGUACCAACUCCCUGUUUGCCCUUUUCCUGCAAAACCAUCCGGUCAACGAGUAUACCGUUUCCCAGAAGAACAAUUAUCCUAGCGGCGUCCCUGCCGUCGGCAUCGUGUCAACCCUCUUCUGGGCUCUGUUGACCGACUUCCUCGGCGGCAAGCGUUAUCUCGUCGGCUACUUCAUCGGCGCCACGAGCAUCGCGACCUCCGUCAUGGUCUUGGCAUCGUCACGAGACCCCAAUAACCCACACUCUACAGUCGUUACAAUGGCCGCCUACUACAUGGCAGGUUUAGUCUACGCCUGCCAAGCGACCUUCUUCGCCUGGUGCAACGACGCCAUGAGAUAUGAGCAAGCCACCUUUCGGAGCGUCGUCCUCGCCGGCAUGAACCUUGGUAACAAUGCUGUCAACGCAUGGUGGAGCAUCAUAUUCUACGGCGCAUCCAUGGCGCCUUGGUUUGUUCGGGGCAUGUGGGCAAUGAUUGCCUGCUCUGUUGCUCUCAUCUUUUGGACGGCCGGGUUAUCGCUGCUGGAUCGCAGAAACAAGAGGCCCUUGGUUGUAGAGGCUCAAGAGCCUGGGGGAGGGCUUCAAAAGGCGUAG